AGGCGCAAAGCAGGGGUGCAAGGGCGCGCAUGCGCUUGGAAAGCGAGGUGCAACGGCAGGUGUCCCGGCUGGUUGGCAACCAGAAAUGUGGAGGCCGUUAUUGCUGUUCCUCGCACUGUGGGCCGCGGGCGUCCGCGGUCUUUAUUUCCACAUUGGCGAGACCGAGAAGCGUUGCUUCAUCGAGGAAAUCCCGGACGAGACUAUGGUCAUCGGCAACUACCGAACCCAGAUGUGGGAUAAGCAGAAGGAGGCCUUCCUUCCCUCGACCCCCGGCCUGGGCAUGCAUGUGGAGGUGAAGGACCCGGAUGGCAAGGUGGUCCUGUCCCGGCAGUACGGCUCCGAGGGCCGCUUCACUUUCACCUCUCACACACCCGGCGAGCACCAGAUCUGCCUGCACUCCAACUCCACCAAGAUGGCCCUCUUCGCUGGGGGCAAGCUGCGUGUGCACCUGGACAUCCAGGUCGGGGAGCAUGCUAAUAAUUACCCAGAGAUCGCAGCUAAGGAUAAGCUGACCGAGCUGCAGCUUCGGGCCCGCCAGCUGCUUGAUCAAGUGGAACAGAUUCAGAAAGAACAGGAUUACCAGAGGUAUCGUGAGGAGCGCUUCCGUCUGACCAGUGAGAGCACCAACCAGAGGGUGCUGUGGUGGUCCAUUGCACAGACUGGCAUCCUUAUCCUCACCGGCAUCUGGCAGAUGCGGCACCUCAAGAGCUUCUUUGAGGCCAAGAAGCUGGUGUAGCAACCUCCUCAAAUGUCCCUUCUUUCUGCCUCAAUAAUUGGGUACUUUCCCCACCUACUCACAUUUAGCCAUCUGGAGUUUUGGUGGGGAGGGAAGAGGAAAAAGAAUGUAUCAGCUUGGUACCACAGCAAGGAACUAUUCAAAUCAGAUACUUGUUUAAUCCCGGUUUUCAAGGACCCAGAACACUGGUCCAAUCUUUCUGAAUCUGUUUAAGGCUUCUGAGGAAUUGGAAUUCAGUUAAGAUUGUCUUAUUUCUUUGGCCUCCUCUGAUUCCCUUCUGUUCUCUCACAAAAUGAGCAAAACCUAUUUUUUCUCGCACUGUCCCCUGGCCAGUCUUGGGUUUCCUCAGUGGCUUUGUGAAUGUAAAUAAGGGGCAUGUCUCACCCCAGAGGAUCGAGAUGUUUUUCUAUAUAUUAGAACUAUUUUUUGAUAAAUGAUAUAUUUUCCUUCCUAGUUGAAGUGUUACUGCCUGUAACUAGUUGAAAACACCAGUCCAUUUCUUGUGUAUUGUGUUUGUUCACAUUUUUAAUAACUGCCAUGGCAGUCCUCAGGAUUCCAUCACUCUGUGGGCCAGAAAGCAGUUGUCACAGCUGCUGCCAAGGCCAUGACAUGACUUCUCAGAAGGCCAGGCAAAGCUCUCUCGGACGCCUGUGAUCACAGGGCCUCGGCGUCAGAGGUAAGAUGGGGACAGAGCUGACCUGGGCAGUGAGUGCUGACCCUGCCUCUUAUUUAAGCUCUGGUAAAUUUUUUCAAGGGAACCAGAUUUGGUUCCUUCCUAUAGGUUUUUCCAGUGAAAUAAAAGUGCUAUAGUAGCUGUGUUUGGAAUGCAAUCAGAGGUUGUGGGCAGAGGAGACGAAGGGCAGAGAUUCCUGACCAGGACUGCUGGUGUCAGUGUCCUGGGGUGACUGCAGUGUGACCUUGUCCUUUGUGUCCACCCUGGAAGGCCCAUCUCUGGGGGAACUGGGGACAGGCAGGGUAGUUGCUUAACCAUUCUCCAAGGCCAGCCAAGUAGACAGCACAUCAGCGACGGACUGUGAGAUGAAGUACUUGUUUUCUUAGCCCCUAAACCCUAGGCCUGACAACUCUCCGUAUACUUCUCUCCUGCCCUUCUGUAUAAAACUGCAUUCAUCAGUUGUCCCUUUGUGACUUAUUUCUUAGUUUUACAUAUUUAUUUGAAAUUCUAUUUAUUAAAUUACUUUAUCUGACCUACAGAACUAAA